AUGUAUACGCUAGUCUCGGCUCUCCGCGUAGUACCUAUCUACCUACUAGGAGGAGGUAUAGACGCUCCCGGAACCGUAGCUAACCCUAACUACGGCGUUACUAUCUCCGACUCUAAGGCGCGAGAGGCUGCUAAGGCGGCUACUUUAGAGAGGGAGAGGGCUCGUCUCUUCCUACCUCGAAAGCCUAGUAACACUUAA